CAAUUUUCUCUUCUUGCUAGCAGGAGACAGGAAGAUACGCCGCCACACCUCGGUGGUCAGGCCUGUUUCCCGUCUUCUGUGUUCUGUCCCGGUCGGUUGCGCAUCCUUGCUUGUCCUAUAACAAUAACACCGGCAAAGUCCCCGCGUUUCCCACGUCACGCCAUGACUGCCACCAACAACUUCUGGAUCCCUCGAAUGAAGCAUCAUCCCAGCCAACCGCCAAGAUGGAUCGCUUUCAUCAAUUGAACCCGUUUGCGAAGAGAGAGUCGCACAGCGCCAGAUCGAUCGUCUGGUACAAGGUCCUGACUCUGAUCACCUGGCUGCUGUCGGUGGUCGUUACCGUCUACUACACCCUUGAGCGGCCGCAGGAUGGCAAGUAUCAUCGCGGAACCAUCUGGCACCAGAACCACCGCCACCCCUCGGGCUUCUCUCUGAACCCGGUCAUCACUUCUAUCUACUGGAUCGUCCUCUUCCUCCUUCAGUUGGGCUAUAUCUCGCAGCUCUUCUCGUCCAAGACGGAAUCCGUCAACGCAGCAUGUUCCGUAGGCAGUCACUUCAUCGUCAACAACCUCCUCCACUUCGCCUUCGUCAUGCUCUUUGUACGCUCCCACUUCGUCUGGGCCGAGGUCCUGCUCCUGCUCAACUUCGCCAACCUGACGUCGCUCUACUUCCGCCACAGCGCCCACCCGCGCCUGUCCGUCCACCUGCCGGCCGUCUCGGGCCCGCUGGCCUGGACCUUCGUGGCCAUCUACUGGAACGGCGCCAUCAUGGUGCCGCACCACAACAGCCUCGUCGCGCGUGUCUUUGCCAACAUUUUUGUGUGGUCCAUCCUCGGCUACGGCCUGUUUUUCAUCGUCUUCUACAGGGACUACACCAUGGGCUUCGCGCUCAGCGUGCUGUCGGCGUCGCUGGGGGUCGCCCAGUUCCUCCGCCAGAUCGUGGCGCUGCAGUGGAUCUUUGCCUUUACCAUCAUGGCUGUUCUGUUUGUCCUGACCGUCGUCGUGGCCCUCCCCGCCUGGGCGGGCAGGCAGGCCCCGUGGGGUGGCAGAGCCGAGAGGCGGCAGCAGACCGACGCCGAGCGCGCGCCGCUGCUAAACGAGUAAGUGCUUUGGAAGCUGUUCCGGUGAAUGGGCGUUGGUUGGAGACGAGUGUGGUGGGAGUGGAAGAAAGAAAGAGGUGGGUGCAGGAAGGAGGGG